CACACCUUAUCAUCUCCCAAACAAUUAUGAGUAGGGUUUAAGGAAACUGGUGGGCUGCUCAGCUCAAUCCACCCAGGUUUAGCAGCCCCCUCUCUUCUUCGUCUCUUCCUCCUCACAUCACCAUGAAUUUCCGGUUUCAGAACCUGCUCGGGGCUCCAUACAGAGGCGGAAACGUCGUUGUAUCAAACAACACCUUGUUAAUUUCUCCCGUCGGUAACCGGGUCUCCGUCACCGAUCUGGUCAAAUCAGAGACCGUAACUUUACCAUGCCAAUCCUCCUCAAACCUUCGUCGCAUCUCGGCCUCCCCUGACGGCGUCUUUCUCCUCGCAAUCGAUGAGAAGAACCGGUGCCUCUUCAUUAACCUUCGCCGGCGUACUGUGCUCCAUCGCAUCACCUUCAAGCAUCCCGUAUCCGCCGCCAAGUUUAGCCCCGAUGGCCACUUUAUUGCGGUUGCUGCUGGCAAGCUCCUGCAGAUAUGGCGCUCUCCUGGUUUUAGAAAAGAGUUUUUCCCUUUUGAGUUGACACGUACAUUUGCCGACUGCAACGAUGGGGUCACCUCACUGGAUUGGAGCCCGGACUCCAAUUACAUUCUUGCUGGUUCGAAGGAUAUGACUGUGAGGCUAUUUUGCUUUAGUAAAUUAAGCAAGUCCAGUAAGCCGUUUUUAUUUUUAGGGCACAGGGAUGUCAUUGUUGGUGCGUUUUUUGGAGUUGAUAAUACAACUAAAAAGGUUUCCAAAAUCUAUACCUUAUCACGUGAUGGAGCCCUUUUAAGCUGGGGUUACACGGAAACAGAUGUAAAAUCUGGUGAAUUGGGUAGUGAUUUUUCUGAACCAGUUUCGCCAGGUACACCAGAACAAAGGCAAGCACCUAGUGGCGAAGUACAUUGUGAUGUUAAUUCUAAAAAAAGAAAGAAUUUUGAUGGGGAAGACAAAGACUCCAGCAAAGGAAAUGGCUCUGGGCUGCACACAGAGAAAUGGGAGUUGUUAAAGAAGGAUUAUUUCAUGCAAGCACCAGCAAAAGUAACUGCUUGUGAUUAUCAUAAAGGGCUUGAUAUGGUGGUGGUGGGAUUCUCUAAUGGGGUUUUCGGACUUUAUCAGAUGCCUGACUUUGUCUGCAUCCAUUGUCUUUCAAUAUCAAGAGAGAAAAUCACAACUUCAGUUUUUAAUGAUCUUGGAAACUGGCUGACAUUUGGAUGUGCAAAGCUUGGGCAGUUGCUUGUAUGGGAGUGGAAAUCCGAAAGCUACAUACUGAAGCAGCAGGGACAUUAUUUCGAUGUAAACUGCCUUGCAUAUUCACCAGAUUCUCAACUCCUGGCUACUGGAGCUGAUGAUAAUAAGAUAAAGGUGUGGACUGUUUCAUCAGGGUUUUGUUUUGUCACAUUCUCCGAGCACACCAAUGCAGUUACUGCACUUCAUUUCAUGCCGAACAAUCAUUGUCUGUUGAGUGCAUCUCUUGAUGGGACUGUUCGUGCAUGGAAUUUGUUUCGAUAUAGAAAUUUUAGAACAUUUACUGCUCCCACUUCCAAGCAGUUUGUUUCUUUAGCAUCAGAUCAGAGUGGUGAAGUGAUAUGUGCUGGAACCCUAGAUUCAUUCGAGAUUUAUGUCUGGUCAAUGAAGACAGGGAGAUUGUUGGAGGUUCUCAGUGGGCACGAGGGCCCUGUGCACGGAUUGAUCUUUUCUCCAAUAAAUGGGGUUUUGGCUUCCUCCUCUUGGGACAAGACAGUUCGCUUGUGGGAUGUUUUUAAAGGAAAGGAAGCAGUAGAAACUUUUCCCCACACACAUGAUGUCCUCACGGUUGUUUAUCGUCCAGAUGGAAAGCAAUUAGCAUGCAGCACAUUAGAUGGGCAAAUAUGUUUUUGGGAUCCUAUUGAGGGUGUGUUGAUAUACACAAUUGAAGGACGCAGAGACAUUGCAGGUGGGCGCUUAAUGACUGAUCGUAGAUCUGCAGCAAACUCCACUUCGGGCAAGUUCUUCACAACAUUGUGCUACUCUGCUGAUGGAAGUUACAUAUUAGCUGGUGGAAAUAGUAAAUAUAUAUGUAUGUAUGAUGUUGCUGAUCAGGUUUUGCUGCGAAGAUUUCAGAUAACGCUCAAUCUCUCCUUAGAUGGGGUGCUAGACUUUUUGAACUCAAAGAAUAUGACAGAAGCAGGCCCAUUGGAUCUAAUCGACGAUGCUGAUAGUGAUGUUGAAGACGGUAUCGAUAGGCAAUCAAGGAACAAUUUGGCUUAUGAUUUGCCUGGUUCAAUUCCUAAUAAGGCACGACCCAUUAUCAGAACAAAAUGCCUGAGGAUUGCCCCAACGGGCAGGAGUUGGGCAGCAGCAACUACAGAAGGUGUUCUGGUUUACUCUAUGGAUGAUUCUUUCAUCUUUGAUCCCACUGAUCUGGACAUAGAUGUCACUCCAGAUGUGGUGAAUGCUGCACUAUGUGAAGGGCAGACAUUAAGAGCACUGAUCCUAAGUCUACGUCUAAACGAAGAUGCUUUAAUGAAGAAGUGCAUUAUUGCCGUGAGCCCGGAAGAUAUACCCGCCACAGCUUCAUCAGUACCGUUCAAAUACUUGCAAAGAUUAGUGUUGGCAUUUUCGGAUCUCCUGGAAAACUGUCCACAUUUGGAGUUUAUUCUUAUCUGGUGUCAGGAAAUCUGCAAAGCCCAUGGCCAGUCUAUUCAACAGAAUUCAAGAAAUUUGCUUCCUGCUCUGAAAUCGUUGCAGAAAGCAGUUACCAGAUUGCAUCAAGAUUUGGCUGAUACUUGUUCUUCAAAUGAAUAUAUGCUUCGAUAUUUAUGCUCGACAAGCAGCAGCAAUAGGUGAUCCAUUUCUAUGGCAUUCAUCCUAUCUAUCUAGUCCUUGUUUUUCUUACCCAUGUUGUAAUCAUGUUUGUUCCUCAUUCAAGUUUUAAGGAAUCUGUGUUGUUUUUUUGUAUUGUUUUAGCAAAACACAAACUGUUAAUUCAGUAAUAUACUUUAGUAGACCCUCUAUAGACAACACCAUUUUUGAUGUUUUCAAUUGUAGUUACGCAUUCAAAUUCCAAGAGGCUUUGACCUG